AUGGCACCACCAGUUUAUGGAGAUCUCGGCAAACAGGCCAGAGAUCUGUUCGCCAAAAACUAUCGUAAGCACAGCUCUGUCUUUCGCGUCCGAUUCAGACCUCACCGUAGAUCACAAGACAUUACCACCGCAUCCACCGAUCCCUACCAUUCAUACACACCAUUCAUAUGUAAUGUUUGUCUGACUCUUAUAGACUUUGGACUCAUAAAGUUGGACGUGAAGACAAAAACGCCGGCGGGAGUGGAGUUCACAGUCAACGGCACCUCCAAUAACGACACGGGAAGAGUGAACGCCUCUCUCGAGACGAAGUACUACUUCCGUGACUGGGGUUUCACACUGAAGGAGAAGUGGAACACCGAUAACACGUUGGCCACCGAAUUGUCGGUCGAGGAUCAGCUGAUCAAAGGCUCAAAGCUAGCGUUCAGCGCCAACUUCGCGCCCCAAAGCGGCAAAAAGGCCGGUACUCUGAAGUCGUCGCUGAAGGCCGACCACUUCAACGCCAACGCAGACAUCGACUUCGACUACGGCGGCGCUCUCUUCCACGGAUCAGCUGUUUUAGGACUUUGCAUUGAAUUUUAUGUUUAUAAUAAACAUGUGGGCCUUUGGCUCCAGAAGAAUGGCUUCGAGACAUAUGUGCGUCAGUUUCGCGACGAACACAAAAUCGAUGGCAAGUGUUUGCUUACGUUAACGGAAGACGACCUCCGGAGUCCUCCCCUUCACAUCCAAGUGUUGGGAGACAUCAAACGGUUAGGCAUUGCGUUGAGAGCUCUUCAAGAGUCGAACGCAGAGCUCGUGGUCUGUUUGAUGGGCCGAUCACUGAUCGGUUCCCUCGAUCUGAACAAACAUUCACUCAAAUCGCAUAACAAUCAUAUGAAUCAUUCAAAUCUGGAUUAUUUAUCAAACGAUGAUUUCUCGGACGAGUUUCACGUGAAUCGGAGUGAAGGCCAGCGAGAGAUGAAACCCGAGUCGUGGAAAGCGUUGAUAGCAAUGCUCUACUUCUUUACCGCCACUUGGAUUACGGCUAUCGUUAUGGUUAUAGUUCACGACAGAGUGCCUGAUAUGCAGACCUAUCCACCACUUCCCGACAUAUUCCUCGACAACAUACCACUCAUUCCUCACGCCUUCAAUAUGUGCGAAAUCUGUGGACUCGUUUUGUUCAUCAUUUGGACAGUGAUUCUUGUAUUUCAUAAACACAGAUUCAUUCUCUUGAGGCGAAUGUUCUCAUUAUUUGGUUCAGUAUUCUUCUUGAGAUGCGUAACAAUGUUGAUAACGUCUCUAUCAGUUCCGGGCCGUCAUCUGCAAUGUAAAGCCAGACCGUAUGGGAGUUGGUUAGAGCGUGUGAGCCAAGCAUUCCUCAUAUGGCAGGGCGGAGGGAUGUCUAUCCAAGGCGUCCGCACGUGCGGUGACUACAUGUUUAGCGGUCACACAGUUGUCCUCACUUUACUCAACUUUUUCAUAACUGAAUACACCCCGACGAGUCUCUAUUUGGUGCACACGUUGUCAUGGGUUCUGAAUCUGUUCGGCAUAUUCUUCAUACUGGCCGCUCACGAGCACUACUCGAUCGACGUGUUCAUCGCGUUCUACAUCUCCACCCGUCUGUUCCUCUAUUACCACACAUUAGCUAAUAAUCAGGCGUUGUAUCAAAACGAUCGCAAACGAACCCGAAUAUGGUUCCCAUUAUUUUACUUCUUCGAGUCGGGCGUUCACGACAUCGUUCCCAAUGUGUUUGAUAACCCGUUCCGUUCACAGCACUGGAAACUCAACGUAUUUCUUAAAAAACUAAUGCCAAAGGUUUUCGACAAAUCCAAACAGUUAUAGAAAGUGUUUCAUACAAAUGAGUGAUCAAAAGAGUUGUUUUUAAUUUAUUAUUCGUUAAUCAACUUAUUUAUUAAUUAUUUAAAUUAUUUGGCAGUUAUUGUAAUUUAUUUUAAUUUUAUAAAAUCACUUUUUAUUUAAUAUAAAUAUCUAACGAAUUUUUAGACAAACUUUUUAUGUCAAACACCAGUAUUUGUGUCUUCAAAGAGCAGAACCGGAAAAUGCAAAAUGUUUUCCAAUUUCUUAGCAAUAGAUAGGAGACGAAAAUCAUCCAAUUUUUUGCCAAUCAAUUGCAAACCAAUGGGAAGUCCAUUGUUUGACAGUUUGCAGGGAAUAGUUAUGGCCGGCAGACCCGCCAUAUUCACCGGUUGUGUACAAUAGUCUUCUGUUGAGACCUGUUGUCUGUUGUCCUUUUGAAUCCAAAGCGAAUGUAACGGCGCUUCUGUUAGUGUCACCGGAGUUAACAAUAAAUCAAUAUUUUGUUUUUCAAACA